CGCGGGACCGAGAGGAGGUGGGGGCGGAGGAGGGAGCGGGACCCGCAGGGCCGGAGCGGGCCGGGAGCAGCUGUAGGUCCCAAUCUGCCUGCAGACCCCACGCGAUGGAGGCUGGCUCUGUGGUACGAGCAGUCUUUGAUUUCUGUCCCAGCGUUUCUGAGGAGUUGCCCCUUUUUGUGGGAGAUGUCAUCGAGGUGCUGGAUGUGGUGGAUGAGUUCUGGCUGCUUGGCAAAAAGGAAGGCGUCACAGGGCAGUUUCCUAGCAGCUUUGUGGAAUCGGUGGAUGUUCCCCUUCUGAAGCAAGGAGAGAAGCUGUUUGUUUGUACCAGUAACUUCACAUCUCAAGAGCCAGGGAGCUUGUCAUUACAGAGAGGAGACCUGGUGAUCCUGGGUGGUUCUCUGGCCUCCAGCUGGCUCCAGGGCCGAAGCAGCUGGGGUUCCAAGGGCUUUUUCCCUUCAUCAUGUGUGCGGGAGUUGUGCCUUUCAGUUCGGAGCCGUCAGUUGUCCCACAACUCUCUACUGGAGAUGCCUGCUUACUCACUGGGCCAAGCCCGGGCCUUGAUGGGCCUUUCUGCUCAGCUGGAGGAGGAGCUGGACUUCAGAGAAGGGGAUGUGAUCAACAUCAUUGGCAUACCAGAGCCUGGUUGGUUUGAGGGGGAGCUCCGAGGCCACAGAGGCAUUUUCCCAGAAGGUUUUGUGGAGCUGCUUACUCCUCUGAGAGCAGCAGGAACCUCAGAGGAUCAAGAGCCUGCAAGAACUUGUGACACCAAUGGGACAGUGCCCACCAAGCAGGAGCAAGAUGGCAGAGAGGAUGAAAGGCAGGAGCCAGGGAGCACCUAUGGUGUUGCCUUGUACCGGUUCCAAGCCUUGGAGUCUGAGGAACUGGAUUUUGAAGUGGGUGACAGGAUUCGGAUUGUGGGCAUUCUGGAGGAUGGCUGGCUAGAGGGGGAGCUGAGAGGGAAACGUGGUAUCUUCCCACACAGAUUUGUGAGACUAGAGGCCUCUGACCCUUGCAAGGAAAAGGUGGGUGCUGGUGAUUCCCACACUGGAGGCAGCUGUGAAGUGACUGUCCAUCAAGACUUGGAGAGCACCUGCUCCAGAGUUCUCUCUUUGCCAGACAAAGACAGCUGGGACAAGGAGGAUGGCUUGGUUGCACAACCUGAGCCUGAUGCUGUUGAGUCUCACACAGCAGGUAGAUCUGAGGCUCCUUUGGGCACUGAUUUAAGGCAGCAUGAGGCUUUUCCUGACACAGGAAUCCAGGAACUACAUCCCAAAACUACAGCAGAUUCCCUCCCCUUUGAAUGCACAAAGACGGUCAACGGCCUUCUCCCUUCUACUCAGCUGCCUCCACAGCAGAGCAGCGAGCUUGACCAAGCAGGUGUAAUGGAGCCUCCAGCCCUGCCUGAGCAUGAUGGAAGCAGUCCCACCGUGCCCCCACAGGCUCCCUGCUUCUCACCAGACAUUUGCGGAAGCCAGACCAUUUCUCCUCCCAGCAGCCGGGCAGCAUCAGAGCCCCAGGAGAACCAGAGCAGCAUUCAGGACCUGGAUGGUCUGGUGGACAACCAGCAAAAGUCCAAACCUUGUUCUUCCAGCUGGGGAGGUGUCCACACAGGACUGGACACACGGGCUGGGAGCUGGGGGGAAUCUUCCUCACUGGCAACACAGGGGCACAGUGGCACAGACCUUGACUCCAAACUGACAGAGCAACUGGUGCAGUUUGAGAAGAGUCUUUCAAGUACCAGUGCUGAGCAGGACAAGGUCUCCCGCCACUUCUCUAUUUUGGACUAUAGCUCUGAGAAGGACAUUGUUCGUGGGUCUCCUCAGUGUGUCCCCCAUGCCAAGCUGCCAGAAAGGAGGAAGGCCCUGAGACCACCUCCUCCUCGGCCCAGCACCCUUGCAACAACUCCUGUGCCCAAAGGCCGGUCUCUGUCAUUCUCAGUGAAGCCCUCCCGGCCCGCUCCCCGGCCUCCAUCAAGCACUCAGAGGAGGAGCAUGGUCCCUCCACAGCUGCAGCCAAAUGUAGCAGAGCAGCAUACGGAGGAAAGCCGUGAGGAUGCAACACGGACAGGAUCAACUUCCCCCUGCUCCAUCCUGCUGAUGAGGAUUGGAGAGGUGGAGCGAGACCUGGAGGCUUACAGGAAGACCCGCACUGAGCUCAGCUUGCUGCUGGAGGAGCAGCAGGAUGAGCUGGUGAGAGCAGAGACCCUGGAGAACCUUGAUUUCUGUGACUCCAACAUUGAGAGCCUCAGCGUGGAGCUGCAGGAGCUGAGAGGAGACAGCAGCACCAACGUGGGGUCAGACCCCUACUGCAGACAGUCAAGGAUGCGGGACAUGGGCUGCAAUGGCUGUGGGGAACAAGGAGCAGAGCACUCAAGGGUCCGCACGGGCCGACCAGACUGGAGCCACGUCUGGGAGCAGGAGGCCAAGAAAGAAAGCAGAACAAGCUCUUCACUGCAGAGAAACAGUUUGUACAGGAGAACGGCUCCCAGCACCCUGCGGCGCUCAGAAUUUGUACAGACCAGGAAGGAGAAGCAAGAGAUGACCCUCCUGUCCUCUCGGAUACCACCCCUGGAGACAUCCUCAUCUGUCACUGAGAGCCCAGAGCACAGGAUGCUGGAGAAGAGGUCCAAGGUUAUUGAGGAACUGCUCCAGACAGAGAGGGACUACAUCCGAGACCUGGAGAUGUGUGUAGAAAGGAUUAUGGUGCCCCUUCAGCAGGCACAGGUUCCGAAUGUAGACUUUGAGGGUCUUUUUGGAAACAUCCAAGUGGUAAUUAGCUUCUCUAAGCAGCUGCUGUUGACCUUGGAGGCUUCAGAUUCCAUCGGGCCGGUGUUCCUGGCACAGCGUGCAGAGCUGGAGAGCGUUUACAGGGUGUAUUGCCAGAACCACGAUGAGGCCAUUGCACUGCUGGAAACAUAUGAGAAGGAUGAGAAGAUCCAGAAGCUACUCGUGGACCUGCUGGAUAACCUCAGGAGCCUGUACAGUGAGUGGGGCUGCACAAACUACAUUAACCUGGGCUCAUUCCUCAUCAAGCCAGUACAAAGGGUGAUGCGGUACCCCCUGCUGCUGAUGGAACUGCUGAGUGCCACCCCUGAAUCUCACCCUGACAAGGCACCACUCACAGCUGCUGUUCUUGCAGUCAAAGAAAUUAAUGUCAACAUCAAUGAGUACAAGCGUCGGAAGGACCUCGUGCUUAAGUACCGGAAAGGGGAUGAGGAUAGCCUCAUGGAGAAGAUCUCCAAGCUCAACUUCCACUCUAUCAUCAAGAAAUCCAACCGUGUGAGCAGCCACCUCAAACAUCUCACAGGCUUUGCACCCCAGCUGAAGGAUGAAGCCUUUGAGGAGACAGAGAAAAAUUUCCGGAUGCAGGAGCGACUGAUCAAGUCCUUCAUCAGGGACCUUUCACUCUACCUGCAGCACGUUCGGGAGUCGGCCUGCAUGAAGGCACUAGCAGCAGUCAGCAUGUGGGAUCUGUGCAUGGAGAAGGGCAGCGGGGACCUGGACCAGUUCCAGAAAGUGAACCGACUCAUCAGCGACCAGCUGUUCUCCAACUUUAAAGAGCGAACAGAGCGGCUGGUGAUCUCACCCCUGAACCAGCUGCUGAGCAUGUUUGUAGGGCCCCACAAGCUGGUGCAGAAACGCUUCGACAAGCUCCUCGACUUCCACAACUGCACAGAGCGAGCAGAGAAGCUGAAGGACAAGCGAACGCUGGAGGAGCUGCAGUCAGCCCGUAACAACUACGAGGCCCUCAAUGCCCAGCUGCUGGAUGAGCUGCCCAAGUUCUUGUACUUUGCCAAGGAGCUGUUUGCCAGCUGUGUGCGGGGCUAUGCUGAGGCACACUGUGACUUCGUGCGCCUGGCCCUGGAGGAGCUGAAGCCUCUGCUGUCGUUGCUGAAGACGUCUGGCCGGGAGGGGAACCUCAUUGCCAUCUUCCAGGAAGAGCACAGUCGAGUCCUUCAGCAGCUCCAGGCUUUCACCUUCUUCCCAGAGUCACAGGCGGUUCCCAGGAAGCCUUUUGAGAGAAAGACCGUGGAGCGUCAGUCUGCCCGGCGGCAGCCUCUCGGUGCCUUGCCCAGCUACAUCUUGCAGUCAGAUGACAUCCGAGCAGCCCUCCUGGCCCGCUAUCCCCCUGAUAGUCUCUUCCAGGCAGAUCGCAAUUUCAAUGCUGCCCAAGACCUGGAUGUCUCUCUGCUGGAGGGAGACAUUGUGGGAGUCAUCAAGAAGAAGGACCCCAUGGGCAGCCAGAAUCGCUGGCUCAUAGACAAUGGGGUGACCAAAGGCUUUGUGUACAGCUCCUUUCUGAAGCCCUACAACCCGCGCCGCAGCCAGUCUGAUGUCUCAGUAGGCAGCCACUCUUCCAAUGAGUCUGAGAAUAGCAGCUCUUCUCCCCACAGCAGCACCACGCUGACCUUCAGCCCCAGCAGGGCAGCCGUGGCCUUCACUCAUAAACCCUCCCAGGACUCUGCCUCACUGGGAGAGCUGUGCCACUCUCCACAGUCCCCCUCGGAGGUGGAUUCUCCAAGCUCUGGUGACAGGACAGUCCCACUGGAGGCCGGAGUGGUGACAUCUCCACACCGCUACAGCCGACCCGAGCCAGGCUACAGCCCCAGCCCUCGCAAUGAGCACCCCACCAAAACGCAUCUUAGGUCUGCAUCCUUGGUGGAGGACAGAGACUCUGGGCUCGAGAGCGGCGAGUCAGAAGGCAACCAGCAGGUCUACUAUGCUCUCUACACCUUCAAAGGCCGAAACACAAAUGAGCUGAGUGUGUCAGCUAACCAGAGACUCAGGAUCCUGCAGUUUGAAGACAUCACUGGCAAUCAGGAGUGGUGGCUGGCGGAGGCACACGGCAAGCAGGGCUAUGUGCCCUCCAGCUACAUCCGGAAGACAGAAUACACGUGAGGCUGAGGGGGGCAGGAGGCCUCACCUUGUGCCUAUCAGGACUGCCUGGGGGCCCAUUGCCUCCACUGCUUGCCCCUAGGGGAUAAGGCUGUGUAUGAGGAAAGAAGGAAGGUGGGCUGGCUGAGCAGGCACUUUGCUUAAGGGCAGGGGCCAGCUGUUGUCACCCUGAGCUGUUUUAUCCUCCAGCCAGGAGCAGAGUGGGGCUGUGAUCCAAGGGGGAAUGGCUAGACCAGUGCUGAUGAGCUACUGUGGAUUUAAAUUGUGGAAGACUGUUGCUGAGGCCAUCCUUAGCCAAACAGUGUUAAAAGCAGCCUAGAGCCUUGUGAACAUGUUGUCUGUGCCUUAGCAGCAGCAGGUCCUGUCUUGUUUGUGCAGGACCCCAGACUGGGGUCCAGAGGAAGUUGCUCUGGGGAUUGCUGUGAGUAGUUCAGCUCCACAGUGAGUCCAGCCUCCAGCUGCACACAUGGGGUACUGUGUCCAUGUGCUUUGGUCUCCUGGAGCUGAGCUGGGGUGCCUAUAAGCUCUGCUGCUAGCAGCAGCCAUUAGGCACUUCCCUCCUGGACCAGCUGUAGGUUCUGAACACCAUCUUGCCAUGUCUUCAUACUGUGUCCAGUGUCCAGGACCCCAUCUUGGCUCCUCUGAAGCAAGACAAAAGGCAAAGCACUGGCUGUCCUGCAGCCUCAUUUUUGUGGCCUCUGACCAGGAGUGCUUUAUCUGUGCAUACUGCAGGGCACUGGAGAUGGUGCUUAUGCUCUGGGAGGGAUGCUGUGCCCUUUGCAGGGGUGCUGUGUCUUAUGUGCUGCUGCCAUAACCUGAAGGAAGGAAGCUCCUUUCUCUUUGGGGCAGUGUUUGUGUCCCCUGUACUGCUGCUCCAUAAAUAAAGGUUUGCCCUUGUACAUAGGAAGAACCUGUGCAAGUGUUGGGAUAGAGAUGGGGAAUGCUUGGUGUGUGCCUGGCUUGGUAUGUGAGGAGGCUGAGGGCAAAGUUCACAAAGGUCUUCAUGUGGACCCUGCAGGGCCUUUUAUGUUUCGGUGGUGUCCUCAUGAAGAUCAUGGAACCAUAGAAUGGUUUGGGUUAGAAGGGAGCUUUAACAUCAUCUAGUUCCAACCUCCCUGCUAUAGGCAGGGAUGCCUCCCUCUAGACCAAGAUAGAUUGCACUGCCCUCUCUGGCUGCUGUGUUGCAUGGCACAGCUGGGUUGUGGGUGGUUUGCAUCCUUCCUGCCACCAGCUACUGGGAAGGGUUUUGCUCUACUCUGUCCAUGCAUGUACAUAGCAUGCACACAUUCUCCAUCAGUGCUGCAGCUCUUGGCAUGAUGUCCAAAAAACAAAGGGUCAAGUGUUCGUCAAUGAUAACCAGUAUGUACUAUGUGUGUGGCAUUUGUGCAUGUUGGUGUAUCAUGCAUAUGUGCCCACACUUCUGUGCUUAUGUGGCAUGCCCCAGCACGUGGGUACAGUAGCCUCAGGGACUGUCUCGUUCAUUUGCAUUGCAAUCAAGGGCAGCUGCAGAGUUCCCAGAGUUCAUGGCUGGUGCAGAGGCAUGGGUCUAUCUGUACACCCCCAACAUUUAUGUGCAUAACCUCCAUACCACCUUCCUCCAAACACCAGCCAGGAUUGAAGCUGAACUGAGUCUUAUUUAGCAUGCCUUAAAAUCAGACUUUGAGUAGGAAGAGUAGGAACAGUUACAAGAGGUAAAUAAAUUAUAACAUUCACUUGGA